UUUAGGGCAAUUUGCAAAAUAAGAUUUAAAGACAGCCUAUCGUAUGGCAGUAUUUGAUUUCGACAUGCCCUACCAAGAUCUAGUUACCAGAUGUAAGUUUUUCUUGCCAACAUCAUUGUGACUUCCUAGAAGUUCCUACUGAGUAAGCGCCAGGAACACGGAAGUUCCGUACAUUGUGCUUAUAUACCACGGUGCACGGUGCACGGUACCGGGCCUCACACACAGGCACACCGACAUGGCGUUCACGUUGUCUACUCUACUCCUGUCAUUACUUCUCAUGUCCAGGACGUCUACUGCUACAGUCCCAACUAUCGGCAAUGGUCAAGGAGCUUCUUCCCUCACCACAACGUCCGCUGGCCGUACAGCAACAACUUUCACGACCGAAUGUGUGAUUGGGAAUGGCGUGACGUAUCGUGGCAGCGUCAGCGUGACGCAGAGCGGCCUGACGUGCCAGCGGUGGGACUCCGACACCCCGCAUCGACCGGAGAUUCACAAACGAGAGUAUGUCAACGCCGGCCUCGUGGAAAACUUCUGCCGCAACCCCAUACGCGGGUUUUUCGGCGAGAGGCUAGAUCGUCCCUGGUGUUACACCACUGAUCCACAGGUUAUAUUUCAAAUCUGUGACAUCCCCCAGUGUUCAGAAAGUACUACAACACCUCCUAUGCCAUCUACGUCAACAAUAACAACAACAAUAACAACAACAACAACAACCACAGUGACCAUGCCAGAACUGACAUCACCUACGGAGUCCUUUACACAUACACCUUUGCACCCAGAAGUGCUGAGUAGUCCGAGUAAUGCCAGUAAGAUCGUUAUCGGGGAAACUGUGAUGCUGACUUGCACGACGAAAGAGUCAGAUGGCUCGUAUCACUACAGCUGGGAACUGGAUGGUGAAAUCCUUCCUGCGGAGACAAACAGAGUGUUUCUGUACACAGCCCAGACUGAAGGGACACAUAUCAUUGCCUGUCACGUGUUGCAUCAGUCUGAACAGUACACAUCAUGGAAUCACAUACUCAUCCAUGUGCUGAACAAAGACACCGUCACGCUUGCCUGUACCAUGACCUUGAGACUGAACUUCACCUCUGACCUUGAGCAGCUUGAUUCACCUAGAGCCAUGGCCCUUGUGCAACAGAUUGAACUCUGGGUACAAUCAGCUGUGCAGAAUAAAAGCAUUGAUGGCAUUGUCAGUGUGAGAAUCAAAGCAUUCAGGCCUGGUAGUGUAAUUGUUGACCAGAACAUCUAUGUGGAAAAUGCUGGAACAUCAGAGGUAGAGCUGAUACCUAACGUGGCGGCUGCCCUCACUCAAGCAGCUAGGGAGGAUAGUCUUCUCCCAGUAGAUCCAGAAAGCAUUGGAAUGAGGAGCAUAGUUCAGUGUCUGGAAGAAACUGUGGAGGUGAAUAAUGUCACGCUGACUUUCCCAGCAACCUCAGGGGGCAGAUUUGCAUAUUCAACAGAAAGAUGCCCCAGGACAACUUUGGAUGGUGGCCUUCCCAGGGGCAGUAGGAGCUGUAGUGGAGACAUUGGAACAGGAAUGGUCUGGUCCCAGCCCUUCUUACUCAACUGUAACCAUAACCUUCAGACACUGGCUGAGACCAAUGUCACAAACACAAACCUGGAAGAUGUUGCAACGGCACUCCAGUUGCUGACGUUAGAUGGCUCCAGUCUCACUGUGACAGACGUGACGCAUGCUGCUCAAGUUCUGGACAACAUCGCGACUGUUCCUUCUGUUGUUCCAACUGAUGUUGGGUACUCUGCUCUGUACACAGUGAAUCAGAUACUGGAUGCACCAGAGACUGUUCUGAAAGAUACUCAGUCCAUGGGGCUGCCACCAUCCAGAAUUGUCCGGUCCUUGGAGCUCAUGUUGGAUAAAGUCAACCUUGAUGGGACCAGGUUUCACAGAAUCCUACCUAACAUCGCUGUGGAUUCUAUGGAGGUUCCUGUCAGUGCGUUCUCCCGUGGUCUUGGGUUUGAGUGGCUGGAAGGAGAGGUGCUUUACACAGUAGAAGAUGGGCAGAGAAUACUGAAGAUGCAGGGGGAGGGGGGCGCAAGAUAUGCUGGACAGGUGGAGGCCUCCAUCUCCCUUCCAAAGUCUCUCUUAGACAAGACAGAUUCUGAAGGCCUGACUCAUGUGAGACUAAACCUGGUGGUGUACCAAAGUAGCAAGCUCUUCCAAUCCAACCAAUCAGGACAGUCGACAGAAGGGAUGCCCAACAGCAGGGUCCUGGCCACCUGGAUCACUAAUCAGUCCUUCCAAGAUCUACCCGAGCCGGUCAACCUCAUAUUCCUUCCUUUGCAGGAAGACAAGGCGGCACAAACUAAUGUGUGUGCUGCGUGGGACUUCUCAUUGGCUGGGGGUGUGGGGGCGUGGUCACCCCAGGGUUGUACGUACAUGGGAUCAACGACCGAUGGGAGCGCCAUGUGUUCCUGUAAUCAUCUCACCAACUUUGCCGUACUGGUGGGUCAUCAGGACAAAAAGCAUGAGGCACCUCUGAGCCUGAUCACUACCAUCGGCUGUGCACUGUCUCUGGGUGGCCUGGUCAUCACACUUAUAACUCACCUGGCCUUCAAGUCUCUACGCAGAACAAAAGCACAUUUCAUCCUCAUCAACUUGUGCCUGGCACUGAUAGCUGUACUGGUGGUGUUCUUUACCGGGCUGGAAGGCGCCAAAGGCAACAGCAUUGGCUGCAUGUCUGUGACUUUCCUGUUGCACUACUGCCUGCUAGCAGCUUUCCUGUGGAUGGCAGUCGAGGCAUUCGUGUUGUACCAGGCGCUGUGGAAAGUUCUGGGUGUGGAGACACAUCUUACAUGGCGGUUUGCACUGGUGUCUCUUCUCAUUGGCUGGGGUAAGUAG